CCAGCUGCAAUGUGUUGGCUGAGGCGCUGCUCACGUUUGGGGAGGAUGGGGUUAACAAGUCCAUACCCCCUCUUACACAAACAGAGGGCCCUGCUCGGACUCCACUGACAGAAAUGCAGCCUGUUCCAGUUUCUCUCACCGGGCACACAGUGAGCUGACGUCCCCGGUAACCGUGAGACCGAGCACCGGAGGACUGUGUUUCUGCAGCCGCUUCAGCUCUGGACCCCCCAGGAUGUACCGGAGGAUGAGGAGCAGAGGAGGGCAGAGAGCCGGAUCGAUGCUCUUACUAUUGGUGAUAAAGUAGACCCAGGAGAGCACAUUAACAACGCUUCUCUUUCGCAUGAACCCUGCAGGGACUCAGGAUGAGGAAACCCAAAGUCACUCGGAUGGGUUUUGCCUUGUGUCUGGGAUGUUUCAUUAUGGUCAUCCUGUACUUUAACAGCAGCCUGAAGCCAGGCUCGGAGCCGCUCAGUGAAAGGAGCAGCGGUCACAAGUCGAGGAGGAGUCCUCUGCAGACGCUUUAUGAUGGAGACCAGGCUGAGUCGGGGGUGCAGGCCAUCCAUCAGGGCCGACGGGAGGUGUUAGAAGAGGCCUGCCGCUCCUACACCCGCAAACGCAGGGUCCUCAUCCCCGAGGACCUGAAGCACGUCAUCGUGGACGACCAGCACGGCCUGCUGUACUGCUACGUGCCCAAAGUGGCCUGCACCAACUGGAAGCGGGUCCUCAUGGUCCUCACGGGCGUCUCCGGCUCCCACCGCGACCCGCUGGCGAUCCCGGCCAACGAGGCCCACGUCUCGGGGAACCUCCGCACGCUGUCGGAGUACUCCACCUCGCAGAUCAACCAGCGCCUGCGCUCAUACCUGAAGUUCGUCUUCGUGCGGGAGCCCUUCGAGCGGCUGGUGUCCGCGUACCGCAACAAAUUCACGCGGAGCUACAACACCGCUUUUCAUAAACGAUACGGCACUAAGAUAGUGCGGCGGCACCGGCCCGACCCGCAGCCGGAAGCUAUGGAGCGAGGCAACGACGUCUCCUUCGAGGAGUUCGUGUACUACCUCGUGGACCCGGCCACCCAGCGAGAGGAGCCCUUCAACGAGCACUGGGAGCGGGUGCACUCGCUGUGCCACCCCUGCCUCAUCCACUACGACGUGGUGGGUAAAUACGAGACGCUGGAGCAGGACUCCCGCUACGUGCUGCAGCUGGCUGGGGUGGAGGACCAGGUCAGCUUCCCCACCUCGUCCAAGAGCACCAGGACUACGGGAGACAUGGCGGCGCAGUUCUUCAACAACAUCAGCCCCUUCUACCAGAAGAAGCUGUACAACCUGUACCGCAUGGACUUCCUGCUCUUCAACUACUCGAUACCAGCCUACCUCAAGUUCAGAUGAGGCUGUGGAGCCUGGACUCUUGUAAGAGAGAUGCUUUUGAGGGGUUUCUCUCUCUGUGACACUGCAGACACUGUUGGAGAUCCAAAGUGAAUCCAUUUUUACAGACUGAACUUCACCAAGACUUUUAUUCUCAACAGGACACUUGUUGCCUAAAGAGGGCGAAUCUUAUCUAACUGUACACGGUGAUCCAGGCGGCGUCGGUCACUGCCUGAACGUGUGAAAAACCCUUCAAUCUCAGUUGCUAUCUGCUGUUCUCAAAAGUGUAAUUUGCACGACACAUGUUAAUCUGCAGAAUCUUAAUUGAACACAUCUCUUAAUUCAGACAGUGAAUGUCUCCAAACGUGCGUGCCACGGACAGCGGGCCUUAUCUUGAACCCCCACCGGCAGACAAAGACAACUCUUGUGACUGUGACUUGUGUAGAAAAAAAAACAUGUUCUGUAACAAUUAUUGUUUUUAUUUAUUGUAUUAUUGCUGACUCCUCCGGUCGGACAAACCAAAAUAGAUAUAUAGUUUCUCUCACAAUUUUCCAAUAAAUGCAUUUCAGCAA